AUGCCUUCACUCAAACACAUACUCCACAAACGUGAGGAAAUCAGUGAGAAAUCUCAAGCAUCUGAUGGCAAUGCACAGUCCUUUCCAGCCGUUUCAUCCCCGCCCGAGAUCACAUUCCUUCGCUCAGAUACCUUCGGGGAAGAGGUGAUCACCCCGCCGUCCUUCUCAAGCCACGAGUAUGAGCAUAAAGAUGCGCCUGCUUCGCUAGAAUCAUCUCGUCCUUCGUCAACUACCUCACGCCGAAGCUUUCAGUUUCUCCACCGCUCCUCAAGGUCGCCCUCCCUAUCCAGUCCGUCUCCGCCGCGGCAGCGCCGCUUCUCGCAUCUCCUCCAUCGCAACCGGAGCAACUCACGCGACUCCUCUGUGAACAUCCCGGACAAUUUGCCUCAAAUUGAGGAUGACCAAAAUUUCGAUAAGCAGGAGCGUGAGGCGCAGUGGGAGAAGCGCGCAACGGUGCUCAUCCAGCAAAAUCCAAACCUUGGGCAUUCUGGCGCUUCACUUUCGUCACCGCUGCAGUCUCAAGGGGACAUCGCGUUGCAGGUCGGACAAGACGGCAGGUCAAGGAGUUCAAGUCGGAGUUAUGCUGAGGAUCUAAAAGAUGACGUAAAUAUUCAAGAGGCGAUUCGGCUGCAUGAAGAAGGAGAACUGGAACGGUCUACCCAAAUGUUUGCACAUCUCGCCGAUCCCAAUGGUGCAAAUAACCCUUUAAGUCAAGUCCUCUAUGGUCUAGCCCUCCGACACGGGUGGGGGUGUGACAAAAAUGAGACUGAAGCUGUGACAUACCUAUCCGCUGCAGCCACAAAUUCAGCUGCUGUUGAGUCAGAGGCCCUGCGUGCAGGCAUGAAGAAGGGCGGUGUCGCCAAAUGCGAACUCGUUCUUGCCAUCUUCGAGUUGGCGAACUGCUUUCGUAUGGGCUGGGGUGUUGAGAAAGAUCCUGCUGCGGCUCGACAAUAUUAUGAGACUGCUGCAAAUUUGGGAGACACGGACGCCAUGGAUCAAGUUGCAUGGUGCUACCUCGAGGGAUUCGGGGGUAAGAAGGACAAGUUCAAAGCGGCCAGGUACUAUAGGCUGGCCGAGGAAAAUGGAAGCCCUACCGUAGGAAACUCAUGGAUCUGGAAAGAAAAAUACAACCCUAAAUAA